AAAGAGAACAUAUGUGGUAGAAGUGGGUCCUUGCUGUGUCUGGGUAGACUCAAAUACUGAAUCACUCACUUUUCCUUCUUUCGUCUCAAAAUUCAGGGAAGAAACUGAAUAUAGAAGAAAUAGAGAUCUCAUCAUAGCCAUAGCAUAACAAAGAAAGAAAAAUGUUGUCAUCAGGUUGCGUCUUGUCUUCAACUGUAAAUCCACGAACCGCCUUCUCUCCCCUCAACUGCACACCAAGAGAUCCAUCCUUCUCUUCGACUUCUCUCCUCCCCUCAACGGCAUCACUCUCUUUCUCUCACCGCACUUUCAAUCCCAUAUGCCUAAGAUCCUUCACUCGUCAUCACGGAAUCCGAAUCGCCGACAAGUCGAAAACCAGUAGCAACAGAAGAAUCACAGGGUUUCGUGUCCGUUCAUAUGCUGCUCCUUAUCCUCUCACUACUCCUAAUGUCCAGUGGAUCUCUACUGUUUCUGCUCUGGUUUUAGUGCUGGCAAAGGGCACCACUGUACAGAAAUCAUUUCUUGUUCCAUUAUUUGCUUUACAAGCACCUGCUGCUGUCUUUGCCUGGAUGCAAGGUAGAUAUGGUGUGUGGUCAGCAUUCUUGGCACUUCUCGUCCGUCUCUUCUUUCAUAUUCCUGGUGAACUUGAGUUGCCAUUUAUCGCGUUACUCUUGGUGAUUGUGGCUCCUCAUGAGGCUAUAAGAUUAAGGGACACAAAAGAAGGUGCUGCAGUUUCUCUGUUGAUUGCAGCGUAUUUGGCUUUUCAGCAUUUCUCAAGAACAGGCUUGGAGAAAUCAUUUGACCAAGGUUCAAUUGUUGCCACCUUAGCCGUCAUCGGUAUCUCUGUUGCAUCUGUGUUGCUUCUUAUCUGAGUUGGGUUUGAAAUGAUUUAUGCUAAUAGUUCAUUGUAAAUAAGAACAAUACACCUGUUGAAAUGUUGAUAUUGUGUGGAUAUAUGUUACGUAUAACUUGUUUGACACUCAAAUCCUUUACUUUCUACUUGCUAAUUUAAAUAAUGGAGUAUAAAAAGUUUGUAGAUUUA